ACCGCCUCCGACGGGCACUCGGCUCGUACGCUACUUCAAUCGCUCCAAAUCGCGAUCGUAUCGUAGUGCUCUCACAGUGACUCAGUGCGUGUUUCCGAUUCGUAACACUCGCAUGACGGAAUACAUGUUAAGGAGAUGAACGGCACCACGACCACGGUGAAUGGUGGCGCUGUCAAUGGUACUAAUGGAACCCUAAAUGGGAUUGGAGUCGCUCCGCGGACUGCCACUCUUGGCACCCCGAGCAGCUACGCGUACACGUCAAGUGGAUCGCUUCUAGGGAGAGGCGGCUCUGCAAGACCUGUGCCGCCUCCGACUCUUCCAAAGUACAGUGGGUCCUUCAGUGCCGGUAGCACGGGCAGCCUACGGGAGAGGGAUAGAGAAGGCACAGGUGGUUCUCACCGCUUGGCUAGCCUGGAACGAUUGGCCCUGAGGCAGCGUAUAAUCGAACAAAAUGCGAACAAUCAGGUGAUGGCCGGCUUAUCUCUCAACAAUAAUGCACUGACUGUGCCCACCUCAGCCACCGUCACCCUCACCGAUACGGCUACGUUACAAAGUAAACGCGAGCUGUUUUUCAAGUCAGAAACGGUAAGCGGCGCGACGGGCCCGCCGAGCUCGGCGCCGCCGGCGCCGCCGCUCGCGCCCUCCGCGCUCAAAGACUCACUCGCCAAGCGUUCGGCCACGCUGCCCGACAACCACGAGAACCACCACGAGGCUAACGGCGCCCCGCCGUCCGCCAAACUGAGCAACAGCGUGUCUAUAGACUCCGCGAAGUCGAAUGUGCCUCCAUCUGCACCGCCUCCUGUACCCACCACGGCGCCGCCGUCCGGCCCUGCGCCACUCAGGAGUACAGAGAACAUAAUCAAGAAAACUGACCACCCUCCGGUUGCGCCAAAACCAGACCUACCUAAAUUAGAAAAACCAAAAACCAAAGAACUAGAUGGAUAUGUUGGAUUUGCAAAUCUACCAAAUCAAGUGUACAGAAAAGCAGUUAAGAAAGGGUUUGAGUUCACAUUGAUGGUUGUAGGUGAGACGGGGCUCGGGAAGUCAACACUGAUCAACUCGUUGUUCCUAACCGACGUGUACGACAAGGACAAACAUCCGGGGCCGUCGCUACGCGUCAAGAAGACCGUCGGCGUAGAGACCAGCGUCGUCAUCCUCAAGGAAAAUGGAGUUAACCUCACGCUCACUAUCGUAGACACGCCGGGCUUCGGAGAUGCCGUCGACAACAGCAAUUGCUGGCAACCGAUAAUCGACUUCGUAGAAUCGAAAUACGAAGAAUUCCUAAACGCGGAGUCCCGAGUCACACGAAAGGCAGCGCCAGCCGACACGCGCGUCCACUGCUGUCUAUAUUUCAUCGCGCCCAGUGGCCAUGGACUGAAGCCCCUGGAUGUGGAGUUCAUGCAGAGGCUGGGGGAUAAGGUCAACAUCAUACCGGUCAUCGCGAAAGCUGACACUAUGACGCCUGAGGAAUGCAAAGACUUUAAAGAACAGAUAAUGAAAGAGAUCGCCGAGCACAAGAUCAAGAUCUACUCGUUCCCCGAGAGCACGGGCGAGGAGGAGGCGGGCUCGGGUACGGGCGCGGAGGCGGGCAGGCUGCGUGCGCGCGUGCCGUUCGCGGUGGUGGGCGCCAACACCGUCAUCGAGCAGGACGGCAAGCGUGUGCGCGGCCGCAAGUACCCCUGGGGCGUGGCCGAGGUGGAGAACCUGGAGCACUGCGACUUCCUGGCGUUGCGCAACAUGGUGAUCCGGACGCACCUGCAGGACCUCAAGGACGUGACCAGCUCCGUGCACUACGAGAACUACCGCUGCCGCAAGCUGGCCGGCCUCUCGCACGACGGCAAGCCGCACAGGAUCAACUCCAAUAAUUUGUGCCCACAAGGACUGAUGAACAGUUUCAUGACCGUGUGGAACCCCCUGGCUCAAAUGGAAGAAGAAAAGAGGGAACACGAUCUUAAAAUGAAGAAAAUGGAGAGUGAAAUGGAACAGGUGUUCGAGAUGAAGGUGCGCGAGAAGCGCGCCAAGCUGAAGGAGUCGGAGGCCGAGCUGGCGCGCCGGCACGAGGCCACGCGCCGCGCGCUCGAGGCGCAGGCGCGCGAGCUGGAGGAGCGCCAGCGCGCGCUGCAGGCGGAGCGCGCCGCGUGGGAGCGAGACACCGGCCUCUCGCUCGACGACCUGCGCCGGCGCUCGCUCGAGGCCAACAGCAAAGAGACCGUCGACGGUAAAGACAAGAAGGACAAGAAAAAGAAAGAUUGGUCUUUUAAGAGUGUCACAUCCGGAAUAGCUAUUUAAUAUUGGUGACAACCCCAAUACAAGGCACCACAUGUAUUUACAUAUUUUACGUGUAAGAAGUAGCUAUGAUUGUAGCGUAAUUGAACAACGAUUUAUUAAAGACUAUCAGCUGGGUGUAACCAUAAUAUUACACUACAAACCAGUACAGGUUUCUAUACGAGAUUACUUUUUGUAUGUGUUUUAUAAGUUUUUUUCCAUGACAAAGCAUUUAUAUGAUAAGUGAGGCCUAAUUUUGUACGACUUGUGCUUCAAAGGAAUUUUGUAGUAUGGAUUUUACAAGGUGGUUUAAUAUUUUGGAUCCGUUUUUUAAAUUACUGUAUCAUUGACGAAAGUAAGCACAAACAGUACUUUGACACUUUAUAAUUCGACAUGGACGUCCACAAAGAUGCCAAAUAGCUUUUAAUGGUCUGCAUAAGUAAGACCUCGGUCUUUACAAUAUUGUAAUUUAACAAGUAUUUUACGAGAGCUGUAUCGUAAUUAUCAAAUACAAAUAUAAUAAACAUUGACUUGACUUCUCAGCUCAAAAACUGUGUGACAUUAAACUCUAGGCACUAAAAUCUUUACUGAUAAAUAUAGCAUAAUAAACUUUACAAAAGCUAGCUGUGAAGAGUUUUAUUUUCUGUUAUAUUUGUAAGUAGAGAUGUUACGUACUGUAGACGAAAAAUAUAAAUUAGGACACCAUUCUAAAUCUUAACGAUAAAUUAGAUAAAAAUAAUUUUUACUUCGUUUUCAAUACAUAUUAAUACGAUUUUGGCUUAUUGGAGUGAGGAAGCGUUCUCGGCUUAGUGAUACGGAACAUGCUCAUAGCUCAGUUGUGACAUAGACUCAAUAGCUCUAGCUAGGUGUUAGCGUUUCAAAUAUUUGUAAUGGAGUGGAGUGAGGUUUGUUCACCAUUCAUAUUAUUAUAUUUGAUUACCGCAGACAUAAUACUUUGUAAUUUAAAUCACCACUCAUAUCGCUAAAAUAUAUAAGUUAAUAAAUAUUUAGAUAAGACAUUACGACACCACGUUCUUUUUUGUUGAACUAAUUCGACAUACUUGUAGAGUUUCUAUUUAUUGUGAUUAUAUUCUUUAAUGUAUUGCAUACUCGCAUUUGUUUAUGUAAAUAUUUUUGUUUUGUAGUCACGAUUACACAUGGGACAUAAAGUAUAAAAUAUCAAGUUAUUCAAUAGAUUAACUUGAUAUAUUGAACUUGGUGACUGCAAGUAACUUAUUAUGAAAUGGGUCAUUUUUUGAGCGUUUGUUCCGAAUCGUCUUUAUAAACACGACACAUUAUUUUAGAAGAGGCAGUAGAUUUUGAUGGUGUUUCCGGUUGUCUCAUACAUGGUCUCUUCCAAAUAACCGGAAAUAGCAUAGGUGAGGCGGUUUAAACGCUGAAAAAUAUUUCCGAUAUGCAUAAUCGUUUACCAGUAAUGCCAUGGUUUAAUUAUAUUUAAUUCCUGUAACGCAGUAUUGACUUCCGCAUUAAGUAAGGAGUUUAGUGGUAAGAUUAUGCUUAAUUUUGUAUUUUGUGUAGGGUCGCGGCCCACUUUACCAUACUGAUCAUUUGCUUAGUCAUAGCGAGGAUAUGUGAUGUAUGCGGGGACGAAGUUCAGUCGGUGUAAUAUAUUGUACCUUUGAAUAAAAUAUAAAUAAAUACGUAAUAUAUAGGC